AUGUUAAGUUGUGCAUGUUGUGCCUCCGCAUUCGAAACCUGGCAUUUGAGCAUUACCUCAUGUUGUGAUGUCUCAUCUCGGCCUGGCGCCAAGGCAGUGGAUUAUGGGAACACAAAUAAAACUUCAAAGGUUGGGGAUUUUCCACGCCUCUGCAACAGACCAUGA